AUGGUGGAUAUCAAGUCGGAAGAAAUUAUGGAUGGCUCAAGAGUUAAUGUAUUGUGUAAGGGUGUCACACAUCGUAAUGGUUCACGCUCUAAUUCACCUACAAAUAGCGGUGAUGAACAAUUGGCCACGAUUAAACUUGCACCAAAGAAUUUGUCCAAGUCUAUAACCUCAUCCAUUACGAUGACAGAGGAAAAGAGUGAGGAGACCAUAUUAGAACGUUACAAGAAGGCAACAUGUACCAAGAUGUAUGAUGUUGAGGAGCUUAUUGAUUAUUACUGGCAUCGUCGUCUAGCUGCUGUCCCUGCUGUGAUUGUGAGCUAUCUUCCUUUUGUCAUUACUCCCAAUCAAAUUACUAUUUUUGGUCUAUUUCUUGGAUGGGGUGCUGCCUUGUGUCUUUAUGACUCGGAAUUCCAUUAUCCACUAGCGUGGGAACCUUCGAAUUCACUAAUGGCAGCUGCGUUGUUCAUGUUUGUCUGGAUCGUCUCAGAUUGUACUGAUGGACAAGUUGCUCGUCUUUGCAAGCGAGGUACUCGCACGGGUCGAAUUCUAGACGGCGUUGUUGAUGGACUUGUAAUUGCUCCGAACUUUUGGAUCAUGGGAAAUGUUAUGCAGCAUCAUUACAAUGGUAGUGUCUUGUUAUUUCAUCUUGGCUUCUGGUCAGGCAUGUCACUCUGGCUGCAUGCUAUUAUCUAUGACAAGAUCAAAAACGUCUACAUGGAGAAUGCGCUUCCUCAGUCCGAGUGUGACGGUGAAACGGUUGCCAGUGUGCGGGCCGAGUACCGCGCUGCUCGUAAACAGUCGGCAUGUGCUUUGGACACGAUAUUACUCGGAAUUUACACGGUUUAUCUCACUGUUCAGGCGAGCUUCACGUCAGAUGCCGCAUCGCAGGCGGAGAUUGAUCGUCAAGCCGUUCUGGCAGCUUGUACUAGCGAGCAUCACACUGCCUACCGCCGAAGAUUUAGCGGACUUGUGCGCGUCGCAUCGUUCUUGGGAAUCAGCACCCAUGUUACUGCCGUUUACCUGGCUUACUUUCUUGCAAUCUUUCACUGGGACGUGAUUUUCUACCUGCAGUUUUACUCGCUUAUCGUGCUGAAUAUUGUUGUGGUGGGCGUGCUCAUUGAGUACCAGCGCUCCGGUAUGGCCGCGUUCACGCCAAACAACAAAGUGGAUGCGCUUUAA